UGACCAUGUCCGGUGCCACUCCACGGUGAUUCCCCUGAUACUCUCUCUUUUUCUCUCUGUCUCUUUGUCUCUCGCCUCCUCAGGUUAAUCAUAUACUUCGAUGGCGGGAAUACGGUUGCAACCGGAAGAAGCCGACCUCACACAGCACCAAACCCGAGCUACCACUGCUGAUCUGGUUUCCGACGACGAGAGGUCCGUCGCUGCCGACUCCUGGUCCAUAAAGAGCGACUACGGAAGUACUCUCGACGAUGAUCAACGCCACGCAGAUGCCGCCGAGGCUCUCUGCUCUGCUAACUUCCGCGCCGCUUCUGAUUACAAUUCUGACAAAGACGAGGCAGAUGGUGAAGGUGGGGCAUCAAUGCUUGGUCUUCAGACUUAUUGGGAUGCUGCAUAUGCAGAUGAGUUGGCAAACUUUCGUGAGCAUGGCCAUGCUGGUGAAAUAUGGUUUGGGUCUGAUGUAAUGGAUACCGUUGUUUCUUGGACCAAGAGCUUGUGCAUUGAGAUCUCACGAGGUCAAAUUCCUAAUCACAUUGAUGACAUCAAGUCUGAACCUGGUGAACAGGGUGAUAAAUAUUUGUCUAGCUGGAGUGUACUUGACAUUGGAACUGGCAAUGGUUUGCUCCUUCAAGAACUUGCUAAGCAGGGGUUCUCUGAUUUAACAGGAGUUGAUUAUAGUGAAGGGGCAAUCGACCUUGCUAGGAAUCUUGCUGAUCGUGAUGGUUUUUCCAGCAUCAACUUUUUGGUUGAUGAUGUUCUUGAAACAAAGAUAGAAAGAAAGUUCCAGCUUGUCAUGGAUAAAGGAACUUUAGAUGCCGUUGGAUUGCAUCCUGAUGGUCCUAUUAAAAGGAUCAUGUACUGGGAUUCUGUUUCAAAGUUGGUUGCAUCUGGUGGAAUAUUGGUGAUCACGUCAUGUAACAAUACAAAGGAUGAACUGGUGCAAGAAGUGGAAAACUUCAACCACAGGAAUAAUCCAUCUCAAGGAUUAGAGAGUCAGAAGGACCAAGUAUCUGGAGAUCCUCCUGUAUUCCGAUAUCUCAAUCAUGUUCAAACGUAUCCCACAUUCAUGUUUGGUGGAUCAGUGGGAUCACGUGUUGCUACUGUGGCAUUCCUUCGGAGCUAAACGUUGAUUUGCUGCUAUCUUGUUUUAUAGGCGUUAAUGUAUCUGUAUGUUGGGAAGUCGUCCCUUCCAAGAAAACUUACUGAUUUCUGUGUUUAAAGAUUAUUGAAUCCAAGAUUUGACACAUUAGUGGUAGUUUGAAACAUUCAACAGAUUCACCAACAAUGCUGAAAUUAUGUGCUUUGUGCUGA